AUGAGGUUUUCGGCUUUAGCUCUUUACAUACCGAGACUUGGGACAUCCCAGAACUCCAAAACAUCACCAAAAAAAGAGGUUCAAAUGUCAGAAAAAUGCCAACCGAAACGCAAGAAGCUAAAAGUUGAGAAGAAGCCGAACCCGAGUCUUUUCUAUUGCGGAUAUGUAUCGCCUAAAGAUCAAAAGAAAUGUCCCUUGAUGAGAAAAAAGAUCAACAAGUACUGUGCCGAGCACAUGGUACACGAUCCCCAGCUUCUGGCGGACCGAAUACCGUGCCCACUUGAUCCCAACCAUACGGUGUGGAAACGAGAUUUGAAACUGCAUCUACUCAAAUGCAACGCGCGAGCGCAAGAACCCCAAGAUGCAUGGUUUGAAUUGGACUAUAACUGCACAUUGCACAAUUCCUCCACAAGCUUCACACUUGAAGAUGAUCCAGCGUUGGAUGUCAAGGAAUGUAUAAAACUAGUUGAAUCUGUACAGUUCGAACCGCUCAGCUUUCGAAUAUGCCAGCAUCGCGGUCUAGCUCCCCAUUUGCAGCAACGGACGUUUCAGAAACACGUGCUUCAACAAGCGUCCUUGAUUGGCAAUCUCGAGCGGUUGAAGUUGCUCGCGCCAGAGUUUUUCUAUAUGGAGUACGGGUGCGGAAAGGGGGAGUUGUCACGCUAUGUCAAUCAAUGCAUCCUCGCUGAUGCUCAGGAUUGCAACAGUGAGAGCUACAAGGGCCACAGCCACGGCCACCACGGUUAUGGCUACGGGUUGAUCGAUCGAGGCACCAAUAGAAUGAAAUCGGAUUCCAAAAUCAUCGAAGAUUCAGAAUCAUCCCCCACCGAUAUACGACCCCGGAUCAAGCGAAGUAAAAUCGACAUCAAGGAUUUGAACUUGGACUCGUUUCUUGGUGAUGUACAGCAACCACAACAUCAAAUAGUCACCAUUUCCAAGCAUUUGUGCGGCAGUGCCACGGACCUCACCCUCAAGCUGGUGCUCAACUCGAGCAUUUUCCAUCAUUCUUUUGGUGGAAUCUUGAUUGCCAUGUGCUGUCGUCACGUGUGCUCCUUGGACCAAUUAUUGCCCGAGUCGAGAAAAUACUUGCACGAUCUAGGGUUUACCUCCCAGCAAUCAUUUAGCGUCCUCAAGAAAAUGGUCUCGUGGGCCAAUGACGCUAGCAAAAACGAGGAGAUAUCGGAAAGGGAGCAUUCAUCGGGGUUGGAAGCGGCGCAACGACUUGAACUCGGCCUCAGGGCACGAAGGAUCAUCGAUGAAAGCCGAGCGCACGCAAUGAGAACCGCGUUGGGCGCAAACUACGAUGUGGAAAUCUUCUGGUACAUUGAAUCCGAAAUCACUUUAGAAAACGUAUGUUUGUCAAUCGUCGAAAAGUCCAAACGUAACCUGUAA